AUAUGCUAAGCGGCUAAACCUACGCGAUUGCAAGUUCAAAAUAACAUAACACAAUAAUCACGUACGUACGAGAGAGAAGUAGAAGCUGAAAAACAAGAUAUGACAGGAGACAGGAGCAAAGAGCUUCUUCGAUUGGAGCACAAGGAUACCCCCUUUUCUUCCUUAGAAACCACUCUUCUUGUUUGUGAUAACAACAAAGAAUUAAACUCUCAAACUAAGAGAUCCCCCUUUGAUGGAACCUCCCUCACUGCUCCACUUCCUCCUAGCCAACUUUUAGGGAAGGUUAAAGACUUCCUAGGAGUGAUGUCAGAAGCAAAUAAGCGGUUGGAGCAUGAUGCAAAGGACCAUCCAGAGAAAUAUGAUUUUGAAGAGCUAACGGGAAAUGAAUCCGAAGUUAUUGAAAUGGAUUUGAUGCUUGGUGUUGCUGAUCUUCAUACACCAGAGGCUGUGGCAGCUGCAGAGUCAGCUGUUUCCAGUUGUCAGCCUGUGAUUUCAUUGGCUGCUGAUGAUAGUGAAAUAGAUUCAGAAGAAGAAAGUGGCGCCGAUGAUGCUAAUGAGGAUGCUGAAAUUGAUAGCAAUGUUGAUGAAUGUGAUUAUGGAAAGGACGGUAAAAAGCCUUCGUCCCUUGACCAAAUACAUACUUCUGGUUUACAUUAUAUCCAUGAAAAACAGAAGGGAAAUCGUCGUUCGAAAAAGCGUCCAGCGAUAGUUGAGCUGUCAUGAGGCCAAUGAGGUUAUGAAAGUUGUGAUCCUUCAGUCAUCUGCCUUCCGCAAUCUAAGGAAUUAUGGAUGGAGAUGAUUCUAACAAUGACAAUAACAAGAAUGUCUCAAACUCUACCCUUGAUUCUAACAAUGACAAUAACAAGAAUGUCUCAGACUCUACCCUUGUUGUUGAUACUGAUCCUCCUCCGACAGUGGUCACCUAUGUAAAAUAGUUCCCAGACGUUUCUAGAAUUGAAGUUUUUGAUGGACAUACUUUCAGUCGUUGGCAUGAAUGCAUCUUCACACUGCUAGGCGUCCAUAGUGUCGCUUCUGCCCUUACUGAUGUCGUCAAACUAGAUGAAGCCAAAUCAGAUCCCAAACAAAUUGAAAAAAA